UAUUGUAAUACGAAUAAACACAAGGGUAUACAGAUUCAAAAAACCUUGCGACAUUUCCAUUUUGUUCCUUGCUUGUGCAUGCCGGUUAAGGUUAUGUGGCGGUCCUUGGUUCUUGGCGAUGCAAGUUUCUGACGCGUGCUCUUGUUGCAGGCGGCGAGUGCUUUUUCUCCAGCGGGGCGACCCUCGGGGAGGAUCCUGGAGAUAUCAGCAUCGCCGGGGGCAGCUCGACGAGCUGAAAGAAGAGGACGACCCGCUGGGGCUGGUGGUGGCGGCGUGCUUCUCGGUGCAGGACAAGCAGUGCCCAGCGGAGGACGCGACGAGGAUUGGGUGCGGACCUGUGGACUCCGAGGUGCAGGAAGAGCAAUGCCCAGCAGAGGCCGCGGCGAGCAUUGGGUGCGGACCUGUGGACUCCGAAGUGCAGGAAGAACAGCGAGACAAAGAUGAAGAAGUGGCGUCUCCUCCCGGCGGCGCUUCUAAGUCAGGUGAUUUGGCCGUCCCUCGUGCCGUCCGGUAUGGGCCCUGCGACGCUCAGCCGGUGCAGGACAAACAGCAGGACGACCAGAAGGCCUCACGGGUGCUGCGCAAGGAGCAGCUCGGCAGGAAGAGCACCGACAGCACGACCGGAAGUAAAACCAAGCCCCUUGGCGCUCUGCAGACGAACUCACGCGGGCGCAGCAGCGGUGGGGCCUUUAAAUGCGAUGUCUGUGCGAAGAGUUUUGCACGAGCGGAUAAUCUUAAGGUGCACAAAAUGUAUCACACAGGGGAAAAGCCACAUGGCUGUGACCUCUGUCCGAUGCGUUUUACUCAAAAAGCCCAUCUAGUCGCUCACAUGAGGACACACACUGGUGAAAAGCCGUACAAGUGUGAAACGUGUCAUAUGUUGUUUUCUCGUAAAUUUCACCUUGUCUCUCACGUCAGGACACACACUGGUGAAAAGCCUUACAUAUGCGACGUAUGUAAAAUGCGUUUUACUGAAAAAGGCAAUCUUGUCAUUCACAUGAGGACCCACACUGGUGAAAAGCCCUACGAGUGUGACGUGUGUAAAAUACGUUUUAGUCGGAAAGACACUCUUCUCGCUCACGUUAGGACACACACUGGUGAAAAGCCAUUCAAGUGUGAAACGUGUCAAAUGUCGUUUACUCAAAAAAUCACCCUUGUCGCCCACAUAAGGACACACACUGGUGAACAGCCCUACAAGUGUGAUGUGUGUAAAAUGCGUUUUUCUCAGAAAAGUACUCUUGUCACUCACGUUAGGACACACACCGGUGAAAAGCCUUAAAGGUGUGACCUGUGUACCAAGGCCUAAGGCAUUCAGUAAAAUAUCAAAUUUCAAAAACCACAAAAGGAUUUGUAGUUCCAUUUAACCCUUUUUCUUUUUCAAACUUUAACUUUUGUAACCAGUUCAGUAUUGUGCAUUGUGAUGAAUUAAUUGCUGUUUUUGCAUUGCAUUGCGAAUAUAACAGGUUUCAUUAUCCCGACAACACCUUUUUUUCGACUCUCUUCCCUUUUUGCGCAUGACGGAUAUUUUGCGGUUCUUGGACCUUAAAAAUUAUUAAUAAUACUUUUGUUCAUUGAGACUUGAUGUAUACCUAAAACCUUAAAAAGAACUUACUGAUCUGGGCAAGUCGUUGGCAGAUUUUGUUUAUGCUCUGCUCUGGAACCAGUGCUUGCCCAUUUCCAAACGACGUCGUCGUUCCCGAUCCUGAAGUGGUAGGAGGCGGACCACUGUCGGGAGGGAUGUUUGCUCCACGAGCAGCUCAAGAAGUAGUUAUGAGCUCCUUAUAACGACCCAAGUUGGCGACGACGGCUGCACAGCCAGGCAGUACGUCGGGGGACGAAAUUAGUGGGAAAGUUUUUCGGCCGUGACACAAUGUUAACGGGUCGUGCGCUUGUUCGACCUUUUUUUGCCCGAUGUGCGGGGGCGUUUCUGGUUCGCUAAAUGUUAGCGCCUUUUAUUUUAACUUCGAUUUUGCUUUUGAAUUUGGCCGUUUUCCCGGCGUUUGAUUGUUCCUGCCUUUUGUCAUGACCGUUUUCUUUUGCCCAAUGACCUGAGCCUAGGCUAGCA